UUCAUUCGGCGGCGGCACCGGUAGUGGAUUCACUUCCCUAUUGAUGGAGAGGCUGUCCGUAGAUUACGGCAAGAAAGCCAAACUGGAGUUCAGUAUAUAUCCGGCGCCUCAGGUAUCGACUGCGGUGGUGGAGCCGUACAACUCGGUGCUGACCACCCACACCACUCUGGAGCACUCGGACUGUGCGUUUAUGGUGGACAAUGAGGCCAUAUAUGACAUAUGUCGGCGCAAU